CUCAACAAUACUCAAAAAGAUGGCUCGUUCUAAGCCUCUCGCCCCUCACGUCGGUCGUCUCUCCCGAAGCCAGGUUGCCGCCAAACGAGGCCUCUUCAAGGGCCAGAAGGCUGGUGCCGCUCCCGCCAAGACUGAGACCCCUGCGUUCACGGAGAAGAAGGUCGGCGGCAAGGCGAACGGCGAGAAGCGAUUGGUUCCCACCAACAAGGCUUCCAAGUACUACCCUGCUGAGGAUGUCCGCAAGCCCAAGGUAUCUCGAAAGAACCCUGGCAAGACUGUUCUCCGUUCCAGCAUCACCCCCGGUACCGUUCUUAUUCUCCUUGCUGGUCGAUUCUCUGGCAAGCGAGUUGUCUUCCUCAAGCAGCUCGACUCUGGCUUGCUUUUGGUCUCUGGUCCCCACAAGCUCAACGGUGUCCCUCUUCGUCGAGUGAGCCAGGCCUAUGUCAUUGCCACUUCCACCAAGGUCGACAUCUCCGGUGUCUCUAUCCCUGAGUCUAUCAACGAUGCCUACUUCGCUAAGGCCAAGGCCGCCAAGUCUUCCAAGGAAGGAGAAUUCUUCGGUGAAGGCAAGGAGAAGAAGGCGUUCCCUGAGGAGAAGAAGGCUGAGCAGAAGGCCGUUGACGCUGCUCUUAUCGCUUCCAUCAAAAAGGUUGACAACCUUUCCAAGUACUUGAAGUCGUCUUGGGGUCUUUCCAAGAGUGACCGAUUCCACGAGCUCAAGUUCUAGGCAUUUGAUGGGUAUGAGAUGCAUGUAUUACAGCUACGCUAGGCUACUUUACAACCAUGGGGCCCACCCAACAUACAUUGCACUCUGUACAGCAGUCAGCCAACGUCGCAGUAGUAAAACGCUGGAGUGAGAACAAGCGGAUGCUAAAAGGCAUAAAUUGACAUACAAGGUUUCUAGGAGAGGUGGCUUCCUUAAUCAAAGUUUCAACCUGGUUGGGCACGGAAACGACCGUGCCUUCGUUCAUCACUCCUCGAAGUUUGCGUUUGAUAGGAUGGAGGUUUUUGUCGGCAUUACUUCGAAUGUCUCUGGGAUCUGACUUUCCACGACCCUGAUAGUAUGAGCCCGAUUCUGCUAACGUUUACUUACUCUACUGGUCCAUUCAACGAGAGGGUCGUGGACAAAAGCCUCCAAGACACUCAUUAAAGAGUCGCUAUUUGAACGCAGAAUACUCAUAGUUAUCUCUGCAGCUUUGCGAAAUACGCCUAUCUUCGAUUAGUGUUCAACUGGAUCUCCAAUCACGCACCUUCGACACCGGUUACUCCCAAGGCAUCGACCAUGUUUUGCGUGAGUCUAAAAGGUACACGUUCGGGGAUCUCAAGGGUUUUGCCCUUAACAACUCCAAAUUUAACGAGAUCCUUCUUACAUCUUGACUUCAGACGUACCUUUUCGAACAAACAAUUGAGAUCGACAUGUACAGUAUCCCCUGAGAGACCAUCGAACAAGAUAUUUUCACCAUGUCGAUCACCAAGGCUGUAUAAACAAUAAGCUACAAUACGCCUUUUUUCCUCUUGUUAGUAGCGAAAGCGGCCUACCCUAGAAUGUAACCGAUCAUGGACAUGACGGCCAGUGUGCGACUAUAGGCUAAGCGACUGGACAACCAUGCUGAAGGUUCUGGCCAGGAUGUCAAAAACCAUUCAUGGAAGACUGUUGGCUGAUAACUGCAAAAUAUUAGCACAGAUGCAUAAACACGCAACGUAGCAAGGACGUACAGUGGCAACACUUUAUCCUUGAAGAUGGCUGUGAGGACUUCCGGUUGGCAUUGUUUCCUCGUUGUAGUGAGUAAGUCGAUCACUUCGUUGGUCUGGGUAUGAUGUUAUGCGGAUUUAGUGCGGUAGAGUGGUAUGGCGUUUGAAGAUCCGCAACUUACAAAAAUUUUCUUAUUCUGGCGACCAUAAUUGGUUUCCAGAAUGCCCUUGAACCCGUGGGUGUUAGUCACCCAUUCUAGCAAACCACACUCUUCAUUCAGCGGCAUGACAGCGUAGGUCCGAACGUCUGCCGUCAGCUAAUUAUAUAUAAGGCUGCACUCACAAAGUUGACGUCUUCUAGACUCAGAAGCACUUUUCAGGAGUUUGUUGAUCAUGGAAUUGAGAUCCAUGACGCGGGCAUCCUUUCUCAAAUCGUCGUGCGGUUUGCAAAGAAAAGGAUAAGCUUUGCCGUCGCUGCCUAUGAAGACAAGUUUCUUUGGUCUUUGGAGUGAUGGCAUGACGUCCACGCGGUCCUCGACAUCUAAAAAUCAGCACUGCUCGGAGUUACGCAAACUUACCGUGAAUUUCUAUUGGUGUGUUGGGGAAAGGAUUGUGAGUCUUGACAGUGUCAGACGACGUGGGCAGACUACACGUCAAAGCGUCUUGAAGAGGCAAUAUCAUCUUGGUAGGGAAGGCGUAUUUAACAUAGGGAAAAUGGGACUGGAUUGAUUUCUCUCGCUUGCGGCCAUCUACCUUGUGAUCCGUAAAUUGUAACAGAAUGGUUGAAAAGGUAUCUGCAUCUCUGAUUGUCGUUGAGAUAGACUUGUUUUUUGUCAGCAAGACUCUUGGACUGACAAAACUCACGGUUGCUUUUUGAAAGACUGCUAUACAGGCGUGUCGCCUUUCGUCUUGACAGGAUUUCAUGACACCGACCAUUGGCCAUAGAGCCUGUUGAGGAUAUUCAGAGAUGACACGGACCAUGAUUGAACGCAGAAUCCUUGAAACAUCUACGCUAGGAUGGACAAUCCGAGAGACGAUUUGAGGGAAAGCAGUGUAGAACUAAUUAUCAGUGUAGUCCACUAGUUAGUAUACACACCUGAUAUGCUGGUAGAUCAUGAGCAGCUUCGCCGACCACA